UUUUGACAGAUUACUACAGUCGAUGCAGUUGUGAGUUCAGUGGGAGCUGUUGUUGGUUCUGUCCCUUUGACCACACUGGGAGCACUACAAGCUGGACUUGAUCCUGCUCUUACAGCAUUAGGAAUAAACUCUCAACCUCCAGCAAUGGGAAAUGUGGACCCUUCGAAGAUCGAAGAAAUCAGAAGAACCAUUUAUGUUGGAAACUUGAAUUCACAGACAACAACAGCAGACCAGCUACUAGAAUUUUUCAGCCAAGUUGGUGAGGUCAAGUUUGUACGUAUGGCAGGAGACGAGACACAACCAACCCGAUUCGCCUUCGUUGAAUUCGCUGAGCAAUCUUCUGUACUACGAGCUUUGGCCUUCAAUGGAGCCAUGUUUGGGGAUAGACCUUUAAAAAUCAAUCAUUCAAAUAAUGCGAUUGUGAAGCCACCUGAGAUGACACCACAGGCUGCUGCCAAAGAACUUGAAGAAGUGAUGAAAAGAGUGAGAGAAGCCCAGUCCUUUAUAUCAGCAGUUAUUGAACCAGCUGCAGAAAAGGAAACCGAUGAGAAAGACAGAAGAUCACGAUCCUAUUCUCGAUCUCGAAAAAGAAGAUCUCGUUCCAGCUCAAAACAAAGAGGCUCCAGGAGUAGGUCACAACACAGAUCUCCUUCAAGACACAAAGAUAGGCAUGAUUCUAAGAGUCCUCAGACGAAGCGUUCACGAUCAAAAGAUAGGCACCAAUCAAAAAGCUGUUCUCCAUCAAGAGAAAAGACAACAGAAAGUGACAGCAAAGCAAAAGAAGAAAGCAAAGAUGCAGAUGGAGAUUCUGGGAAGAAGAAAGAAAAGAAGUCUAGCACUCCACCUGGAAGAAAUAGCUCAUCUAGGAAAUCUCGGAGUUCAAGCAGAGAAAAGUAUCGCAAAAAAAGCAGGAGUUUAUCAAGGAAAAGAUCCAAGUCUCCAAGAAGGAGGUCCCGGUCUCCAAGAAGGAGGUCCCGGUCGCCAAGGAGGCGGUCCCGGUCACUGAGGAGGCGGUCCCGGUCACUGAGAAGGCGGUCCCGAUCGCCAAGGAGGAGGUCCCGAUCAUUGAGGAGGCGUUCCAGGUCGCCAAGGCGACGUUCCAGGUCACCGAGGAGGCGGUCUAGGUCGCCAAGGAGAAGGUCCCGGACGCCAAGGAGAAGGUCCCGGUCGCCAAGGAGAAGAUCCAGAUCACCACGAAGGCGAGUCAGGACACCAAAAAGAAAGCUAUCCAAAUCUCCAUCUCCAAAAAGAAAUAAGAAAGAGAAAAGAAAAGACAAGGACCGAGGACACAGCAAAGACAGAGUUGAGAACAGAGAAAAUUCAAGUAGUCAGAGCCAGGAUAAGAAUAAGCGAGAUCAUUCUACCUCCAAGAAGAAGAAAGAUAAGGAGAAAGAUGGCAAAAUCAAGCUGGAUAAAACUGAUAUCAAGGUGGAAGGAGAAUGCAAUAAUGAAGAAGGGCAUAUUAAUGAUGCAAGCAAAGACAGCAAAGAAAAUACUGAAACUAGUAGUGAAGUAUUGGUCAAUGUUAAAGAAAAUGGUGACCACAACAUAAUUCACCAAAACACAGAAGAAGAAGAAGUCAAGUCUGAGAAGUCUGAGAAUAUACCUGUAGUUAGUGCUGACGAGGAAAAUGGAGAAAAACAAGACACUUCAGACUUAAAUGAUUUGCAAAACAAGUCUGCUUCUUCAGCUGAGGUGGAAUGUCCUUAGCAGCUUGACCUGAUUACACAUCUGUGUGACAUUAUCUUUGAUGGAUCUCAGAACUGGAUGAUGCUUCAACAUUUUAAAAUGAGAAUCUGUAAUGAAAAGCUUCACUUGAGUUUGCAUGAACCAGUGAGCAUAGAAUGGGUGGAUAAGUAAUGUCACUCAGACUGAAAAUGACAAAGUAGUGCCUUUGUCAUAAAGGAUUUGUAAAUAAAUGUACUACUUCCCUUAAACUCUCACAAUACACACAUUUGCCUUCACAGAAUGUUAAGUCCAUAAGAUGUCCGGACAUUAUUUUGCUAAUGUUGAUAAGGGGAGGGAACAGUGUCAUAUACCAUCUUCAUAUGGACGUUUUAUCCUCUCCUUGCAGUUGUAGACUUAACCAUUUGUAAAUGUAUUGAUACUGAGAGUUGAGAAAUAGAAAAAUACACAUAUAGAACAAGAUUUCAUUAUAGAUUGGAAUUAUUGAUUUGUUUCAUGUGAAAAAUAAAACCAAUGAUUCCAAUCUUUGUGGAUUUUUUCUAUUUGUACUUUAUAGCUUUGGCAGUUGAAUAAAAUCAAGCUCUCUAUGAGCAUCAGUGAUAAGGAGAGACUUAUGAUUUGAUAAGUAACGGCAUUGCAGUGGUACCAGUACUUUCACUGAAAUUAUAGUGUCAGUAUUCAAUUUAUCCAGGUGGUUUUCUAAUUAUUUUGUAAAACUGGUUUAUUCACUUUGAUUAAGAUUUAAAACUGCUAAUUUAUUGUCAGGUUUAUGGAACAUGGGAAUCAAAUCCUACUGUUGCUACAAAUUGUUUUUGUCCUGAGAGUUUCAAACUAUGGCCAUUAUUCAUUAUUAUUCUGUCUAGCAGCUAUUACAUACUGGACUCUCACUGACAAGCUCUGAGUUUGUGAACAAAGAUACCAAGAAAACGACACAUGAUGAAGUGGCUCACUGUUCUCUGACUAGAUUUCCUAUAAUUACUUUAAUAAUUGGAUUCAUCAUUUCCAAUGAUACCAUACUGUAACAUUCGAGAAGAUUCCAUAGUCAAUGAUCUGCCUGUGUUACCUUGUGUUGUAUGAAAUGGCAGUUAAGAUAUGAAAGGUUCCACAAUUUGGAACAGGAAAGGGAUCAAGCAGCCAGCAUUUCUGGUUAUAAAUGCUAUCGGUGAUCCUUGCAAGUGAUUGAGCACAUACAAAUUUUAAAUGAUAAGAAUAACAUUUGACUGUAUUGCUUAUCCAUGAAGAUUGGCUUCAACAUGUCUAGAGGCUACGUGAGUCAAAGUGCUGGGUGACUUUUAGUUAAACCAUACUGAACCAUAUUAAGAAGAGGGACAAAAAUUGAAUUAGCAAAGGAAGCAUAGUUCCUUGUAUUUAAGAAACCAGUAUGGUGUAUAACAAGAAAAUGUUAUCUUUACCAUUUGCAUUUUUAGGCUGAAGUGCUGUAACAUAGUGAAGAAUAUUUAUAUGCAGUAUAGUUCAUUCAACAUUUUUUGAAAAUAGUGCUAUUAUCUCUGUUUCUUUAAAUCUGUUAUUUUCAAUGGCAAUUUCCUGUUUUGGUAUAAUAGGAAAGAAAGAUACAGCUACAUUACAUUGGCCCAGUAUACUAUAAUAUGCAUCAAAAAUUCUGUUUAGAAGCCAUAAUUUGUCUAGUUUAAGUAAUAAGUUAUUCUAAAGUAUUGAUAGAUUAAUUUGACUUUGUACGAAUCUUUUGAUGCCUUUUCCAUACAUUACUGAUUUCCUUCUAAAGAGAAUGGUGGAUUUCAACUCCUUUCUGAAAUUUAAGACCUAUAAUAGCAUCGAAGUACUGUACCAUGAUAAACUUUACACACUGCUAUUCAUAGUCCAAAUAAAAUUUUCCUCACUUCUACAGAAUGCCACAGGAUAUGUUAUUUCUUGGUUGAUCUAAUGAACACACAAAAGUGAAUAAUGUCUGUUUUCUUUUGCUAAUAGUUCAUGUUUGUUAAAUAAGCUUCAUUUAUUAUGUAUUGCUUACAUUUUGAAAGAUACUUGUGUGAAGAGGGUGAGGUAUUUGCUUAUAUUUUGGAAUAUUUAGCAUGUGAAAGGCUCUGAAAGUCUGCAAAGAUGCUAUUUGUAUGUUGUGUUAAACUGUGAAGUGCAAUUUUCUAUUAAAAGUUUAUAGUACAAGAAAAACCAUAGUACAAAACAUGCAAAUUGCUUAGUUGCUAAUUACAGUGUAUUCUCAGAAAAUGUGACCGAAAUCAUCUUUGUGGCACUAAAGGUAGUUGUGUGAUAUCCAUUUUACAAAUAGUCGCAGAUUGCUGAUAUGAUUUAUUUAGUACAUCUGUUUCUUUUUAAUUGUUAUAUAAUUAAUAAAUAUAGUUAAACAAUUAAUAA